CUCUACUAAAAUUAAGGUAAACUUGUUAAAUACAUAAUCGUGCUAUAAGAAUUUUUAAUUUGUAAUAAAUCAGAUAGCACAAUGUCUGGCCCCACGAUGCUUGUGUCUUUGGUUUUAAUUGCUUUUUGCGCGUUAACACUUGUUAGCACAGACGAUGCGGCAAUCCAAUGUGACGCCAACUCUUCUCCAACCGUAUGUGUGAGGUACUGUCCCCCUCAAGCCUGCAACUAUACGUCUAAUGGUCGUCCCUGCAUUCCAGGACCAUGCAGGCGAGGCUGUACCUGCCAUGAAGGAUACUGUAAGACAUCCAAUGACAAAUGUGUGUCUAUAAACUAAUGUCAUAAUAAAGAUUAUGAAUA